CAAAUACGGCACGUGAUAAGAAGAGCCAGCCAAAACGACCUUCAUUAGAACAGGUAAGCAGUCGUUUUGCACCUUCUCCAAUCGGAUUACCAAGUCGUCCCAACCCAACGCUUACAAAAACAAUGUUGUAGCAAUAAGCAACAUUGAAUUCCAGGACAGGACAGGGCAGGACAGGGUUGUGGUUUCCUGUGGUGGUGAUUCAGAAAUUCCGGCGAGGAAGGAACUAUGAGCGGAAGAGUGAAGAAGGAGGUAGAAGAAACUGAUUUCAUUAAACCGCUGCUGUUUAAUAAAGAGCAGCUCAAAUCUGUCAAAGACGGUAAACAGAAGAGUCCGAUGGAGGCUACUGAAAAGCAUCUUAAGAUUAAGAGAAGAUAUUCGGAUCCGAAACUCAAGUUUGUGAUAUCAGGUCAUGCAGGGAAGUGUAUCUGUUGUAGGCAGAAUAAGGCUCCGGUUGAAAGAUCGACCACUGUUGGAGAUGGUAAGUCAUCUGCUAUGAUUCGGGCAGAAGAGGUUCAAUCCAAUCUAGAACCGGCAUUCCCUAGCUUUGUGAAAUCUUUGGUCAGAUCACAUGUUGCUAGUUGUUUUUGGAUGGGGCUUCCUGGAACAUUCUGUAGAGCACACUUGCCAUCUGUGGAUACUACUGUGACUUUGCAAGAUGAAUGUGGGAAGGAAUUCAAGAUGAAAUACAUCGCAUAUAAGACAGGCUUGAGUGCUGGUUGGAGACAAUUCUGUGUUGCUCACCAAUUGUUUGAGGGGGAUGCAUUAGUCUUUCAAUUAACUGGGUCUUGCACUCUUAAGGUGUACAUAAUAAGGGCUAAUGAUUUGACGGAAGUGGAUGGUGCUCUAUGUCUGCUGAAUUUGGAUGCUCAAAUUAAACAAAAUGUUGCAGGCAAGUUGGUUAAUGUCUCUGUCUUGCAAUUUUUGGUGUGCUGUGUAUGGUAUUUCUAAUAUUUCUUUG